AUGGAUGCAUUGAACAGUGUGUCUGUGCUGUGGUACAGGAAAUCCAAACCUCUGGGGAAGGUGAGACGACGGCUCCAAGACCUCCGCAUCCCUUCCUCCUCCUAUGAGUUUAUAGCCAGCAGACCCACACUGGACCUGAGCCACAACGAGAGUGCUCGACUUGCAGCUGACUCUCUGCUCAGCCAGGGCUUGGAGGGAUACCGUGAAGUGUUGAGGGCAGAAGGAGAAGUGGACUUUCUGUCAGAGCCAGAGAAGAAUUACAUCCUGGAAAAUAGGAGGGACAGCAACACAGAUACACCUGGUGAGCCACAUGAUGAUGACAAAGAGUUGGAGAGUUUGUCGGCUGCCUCCCAGUCUCCCACAUGGUGCUCUGAAGUGUCAACAGACAGUGAUGAUACUCUGGCAGAGUCAGAUCAGUGUCACCUGAAAGAUGUGACAUCCAGGGGUCCUGUGUUGGGUGAACACAGGAUUGAGGUUUUCUUCCCCUCCGACUGCAGAGCAGCCAACAUGAAAGACCUGGUUAGACAGUUCAUCAGAAAGGCUAAACUGGCCCUGGCCAUAGUGAUGGACAGCUUCACUGAUGUGGAGCUGCUUUGUGAUCUUCUGGAGGCGAGCAGGAAGAGAAAUGUGUCUGUUCAUCUUCUGUUGGACCGUCUCAACCUGAACCUGUUUGUUAACAUGUGGCAGGACCUCAAACUCAACAGUAAAAACUUUCCUAAACUGUCAGUUCACAGCGUCUAUGGGCAGACCUACUGUGCAAAGACGGGCAGGAAGGUGAAAGGUCAGAUUGCAGAGAGUUUUAUCAUCACCGACUGGACUGAGGUGCUGACUGGUUCAUACAGUUUCUCCUGGCUGUCCUGGCAGGUCCAUCGGAGUCUUGCUGUUCUUUUAAAGGGCAGCGCGGUCACAUCUUUCCUGCAGGAAUUCCACAGACUGCACUCCAGCUCCAAACCGGUCACCGGCUUCGUCACCUUUAUCACUUUGCCGCAAACUCUUUGCCGCCACUCCACAUCAUGUGCAGCUCAUCAUAACAGCACUGCUAUCAAUAAGCAAAAAUCAAAACAGACAGGUCUCCAUUGGGCUUGGAAUAAAAAUGCUGAAAACACUCAGACAAAAGCAGCAGGGACAGUUCUACUUAAUCCCCAGAGCCCAGAACCGGGUAUCAUCAGAGAAGAUAAACCUCAGCACAGAGCAGACAGUGGUUCACAAACACAAAGAAAACCUCUUCAGCUGUACUCAAAGCCUUUGGUUCAACCAGGAAUGGAGCAUAAGGUGCAGAGUGCAUCUGUGGAAAAGCCCAAAUACACAAUGGGAGCUGGAUGCACCAAGCUUGAUGAAAAAGAGAAGAGCCAAGACCAGAUCCAGAGUCACUCAUAUCCUCCCGAUCAGACCUACUUCUCACACAUUCCGUCUCAGUUUAACAUCAGCGCCACAGCUGAAAACAAUGCAAAGGUCCAAGAGUCAAACCCUCUGCACAUGGUCUCCCUCACACAUGGACAGCACAGGACUGCACGCUAUCAAACAGCUUUGAAGAAUUCAAAUCUUGGUCAUGCAGACGUGACUACUGAAGGGCGCUUCUUACCGACAAACCCUCUGGGGACUGCUGCAGACCUAAACGCCCAGAAAGGACAAUGGAGCUCCUCACACAAUUUUAAACCCAAAGUGGAACUUCCACAUGAGAAUCCUAAACCCCACUCGCCUACAUCGCAACAAAAACAAGCAGACACCACGCAUCUGCUUCCUUUUACCCCUCCAAGAGGACACACACCUGAUCUGCAAAACAAAUUCUCCUUUCUAGAAACCAGGAGGCAGGGUCAGCCACAGAGAUACUGCCAGCCCCCGCUCCAAUCACAAACCAGCACAGAGCCUCCAGGUCCAAUGAGAGGUCAUCUCAGGCCUCAGCUCCAGAAAGACCCUAAACUCUUUCUUCCAGGUAAAGCAGCCCAGAUGCAUCUACAGUCCCACUCUUCACAGCAGCUGAAUCCCCCUCCAAGACUAAACCGGACCCUCUGGAAACAUCACACUGCAGGAAGGCCCACAGCUGUGGAGCGCCACAGCUCCUUCAGGACCACCUACGGGAUGGGACAGAUGACAGGGGGGCAGCAUGGCUGGAGGCCUUUACAGAGCAGCAUGAAUGAACCGCUGAGAAGAAGCAAGAGCAUGAAUGAGAGACACACAGCAGGAUUCAAUCUAAACAGAACCUUUACCUAACCCUUUGUUGGUCACAUUUAUUCAUCCAGAAACACAGGAGCUACACUUAU